CGUGCCCACCGUGCCCACCCGGGGCUUGAGGGCAUCAUGUUCAGCUGGCUCCGCAAGCACGAGGCCCACAAGAAGCAGCCCGAGGUCAUCCAGACGGUGACCGACGGCCUCAAGGAGCUGUACCGCAAGAAGCUGCUUCCCCUCGAGGACCACUACCGCUUCCACGACUUCCACUCGCCCGCCCUGGAAGACGCCGACUUCGACAACAAGCCCAUGGUCCUGGUGGUGGGCCAGUACAGCACCGGCAAGACCAGCUUCAUCCAGUACCUGCUGGAGCAGGACGUGCCCGGCAGCCGCGUGGGGCCCGAGCCCACCACCGACUCCUUCGUGGCCGUCAUGCACGGCGAGGCCGAGGGCAUCGUGCCCGGGAACGCCCUCAUCGUCGACCCCAACAAGCCCUUCCGCAAGCUCAACCCCUUCGGGAACACCUUCCUCAACCGGUUCAUGUGUGCCCAGAUCCCAAACCAGGUCCUGGAGAGCAUCAGCCUCAUCGACACCCCAGGAAUCCUGUCGGGGGCCAAGCAGAGAGUAAGCCGAGGGUACGACUUCCCUGCGGUGCUGCAGUGGUUCGCGGAGCGGGUGGAUCUCAUCAUCCUGCUUUUCGACGCCCACAAGCUGGAGAUCUCGGACGAGUUCUCGGAGGCCAUCCGGGCCCUCAAGGGCAACGAGGACAAGAUCCGCGUGGUGCUGAACAAGGCCGACAUGGUGGAGACGCAGCAGCUGAUGCGCGUCUACGGGGCGCUCAUGUGGUCCCUGGGCAAGGUGGUCAACACGCCCGAGGUCCUGCGCGUCUACAUCGGCUCCUUCUGGGCCCAGCCGCUCCUGGUGUCCGACAACCGGCACCUGUUCGAGCUGGAGGAGCAGGACCUGUUCCAGGACAUCCAGGGCCUGCCCCGGCACUCUGCCCUGCGCAAGCUCAACGACCUCGUCAAGCGCGCCCGCCUCGUCCGCGUGCAUGCUCACAUCAUCAGUCACCUGAAGAAGGAGAUGCCGUCCGUGUUCGGAAAGGACAAUAAGAAGAAGCAGCUGAUCGCCAAGCUGCCCGUCAUCUUCGCCAAAAUCCAGCUGGAGCACCACAUCUCUCCGGGGGACUUUCCCGACUGCAAAAAGAUGCAGGAGAUGCUGAUGGUCCACGACUUCAACAAGUUCCACUCCCUGAAGCCGCGGCUGCUGGAGCUCCUGGACGAGAUGCUGACGCACGACAUCGCCCGCCUCAUGCCCCUGCUGCGUCAGGAGGAGCUGGAGAGCCCCGAGCAGGGCGUCCAGGGCGGGGCCUUCGAGGGCACCCACAUGGGCCCCUUCGUCGAGGGCCCCGGCGAGGGGCUGGAGGAGGCCGAGCCCGGCGACGAGGACUGGGUGGUCACCAAGGACAAGCCCAAGUACGACGAGAUCUUCUACAACCUGGCGCCCGCCGACGGCAAGCUGAGCGGCACCAAGGCCAAGAGCUGGAUGGUCACCACCAAGCUGCCCAACUCCGUGCUCGGGCGCAUCUGGAAGCUGAGCGACGUGGACCGGGACGGGAUGCUGGACGACGAGGAGUUCGCCCUGGCCAGCCACCUCAUCGAGGUCAAGCUCGAGGGCCACGGGCUGCCCGCCGACCUGCCCCGGCACCUCGUGCCGCCCUCCAAGCGCCGCCAGAAGGGCUCGGCGGAGUGAGGGGGAGAGGUCCUCCCUCCGGCCCCCCUCCCCCCGGCCAGCCUGUGUUCUGGUAUUAAGGACCAAGGGGGUUAUAACACCCUCCCGCCUGACUGGACUGUAAGCUUCUCCCAUCGCCAAGCUGACCGGGCGGCAGUUCCGCCCGCCUCACGGCCGAUCAGCGCGUGCACUUUUCCUCGCCUCGUAGUUGAUCCGCGUGUUCACUCGCCUCCUCAAGGCUGAUCUGGUUGUACGCUUCCCCGUUUCACAGCUGAUCGGGGUGUGCACUUCCCCAUCUCCCAGCUGAUCGGCCCGCGUACUCCCCUCCUCAGCGCCGAUCAGUCUGUACGCUCCCUUCCUCCUGCCUUACAUCCCAUCUGUCUUGCCCGUUUCCCUCCUCACCGCUGACGGAUCCGUUCCCUUCCCUCGCACCUCAGAGCCGACCAGCCUGCACACACACACCCUUUCUGCCUCACAGAUGAUGGGUCUGUUUACUCCCCUCAUUCCUUUGUACACUUCCCUCUCCCCGCCUCACAGCCGAUCGGUCCGUGUACCCCCUUCCUCCGAGCUGAUGGGCCCGUACGCCCCCCGACCCGCCUCACAGCUGAUCGGUCCGUGUACCCCCUUCCUCUGAUCGGUCCAUACACACACACGCACCCCCAAUUCCGCCGCACAUCUGAUCACUUUGGCCUUCCCUCUACCAGCCUGAAGCUGACCGGUCCGUGCACCUUCCGACUCCAGGCUGACCAGUGGGUUUGAACCCCCUCUCGCCUCGCCGCUCAUCCUGCAAAUAUUGGGAAGUCUGGGGGCGUUUUCCCCCUUUAUCCAGCCCCAUCUUCGGAGUAGGCUAGGGAUCGGUUCCGGGGACCCCCCUUCUGCUGCCGCUUCUCAGCUUUUUUGCCCCUAUAGUUGGUGGAAGUCCCUUUAAGCCCCCCUCCCCUCCCCAUAGUGUAUGUUUGGGUCCGAGCCGUCCCGACUGACGGCUGAUGGGUCCAUAUCGACCAGCCGACUGGGUCUUCCCAAUUCCCUUCUCCCAGCCGAUGAUCGCGUAUCCGACCGGGCCGCCCCGCCGCAGCCCUUCUGUCCGUAGAGCCAUUGUGAGGGCCAAAGAGACCGUUACGGGUCUAUAUUUGGGUUAUAAGGACCACGGGGCCGAGGGCUGCCUCACUUAAUCUGGCCAGGAAGCAGAGCCGGUCCGGUCGUAGGCCUGCGUGCUGUCCAGGCAGUGAGGGAGGGGCGGGCUGGGGCUGCCCUCACCCCAUCAAUCAAUCAAUCGAUUGUAUUUAUUGAGCGCUUACUGUGUGCAGAGC